GCGGGGGGGACCGCUGUGGCGGGCGGACUCGCGCUCUCCCGGAAGUGCUACGGAAAGGGCCGGAGGCGUGAAGGAGCCGCUCGGGGCCUAUGGGUCGGCAGGGCUCAUGGAGCGGCUCCGCAGGCUGUGGAGGGGCCGAACGAUGACUUUCGGGAUCCCCCUGUUGCUGUACCUUGUUGGUGGAUCUUUUGGACUCCGUGAAUUUGCUCAGAUAAGAUAUGAUGUCCACAAACUUCAUGGCAAGGUUGAUCCCGCUUUGAAAGAAAAAUUAAAACAGAACAAUGUGACGCUGGAAUCUGAAUAUAAGAAACUGGAGAAGUCUGACUUGGAUAACUGGGAGAACAUCAGAGGACCCCGUCUGUGGGAAGAUUCCAGGACUGUUCAGAAGCAACGGCGGGAGGCUGGCCGUCUGAAGACAGAGUGACUGAGCAAGCCUCCUUCGGUGCCUCUGGAAAAUCAUGUCUCAGGCUGGACUAUCUUACUUUUUAAUCCAGUGUCAGGAACAGACAUGGGAGGGGGGAAGAGGAAUCUGCACUGAGCAAUCCAUGGCAAUGCAUACACAAAUUAACUGUGAGAUCACUCAGAAAGACACUAUAUUAUAUGAAGUUCUUUGCAUCCAUUUGCACAGAGCUCCACAGGCUGUGUAUAUGAAUUCUCAAUUAAAAAAAUAGAUGAUUAUUCCACUGAAAUCAUCAGUCUUCCUUUCCCACUGCUUUUCGACAGCUAUUGUUCAAAACUAAGAUGCCUCAGCAAGGAAUGACAUCUCAAGUCAGCUUGUCAGUACCACAAGUUGUCACCCUAAUGAGAAUAACAGUGCUGUCAUCUAGAUGUGUGUGACCAGAUAAAUGCUGCUUCAGAGAGCUCCUGCAUGACUUCAGGCUCUUAAGUUUAGAAGGGACCCUUCUUAAGCUUAGAAGGGACAGGCAUAUGAUCUGUUCAGAAACAAUGAACCCAUUUUUGGCUAAAUAAUGGUCUGGUGUUUCAUUUCCAGGAACUUGCUUAUACACGGGGCUAUGUAGAGUGUCAGAUGGUAGUUGUUUAAAUAACAUUUGUUUAGCCAUGGUCACAUUUCUGUAAUUAGUUUAUUGAUAGCCUGGUGCAGUCAAGGAUGUUUGCAGUGGAACUUCUCAGUUUGAUUUGGAAGAAUUCUGCCUCAAUAAAAGCUGUGCUGUUUUUGUGUGAGCAAGUACAGUAGCAACAUCUUCUUGACCCACUAUUUAGUGGCAAAGCUCUCUUUAGGUAUUAUUUAUGUAUUAUUAUACAUUUAUCUAUAUGUAUUGUUACGUAUAUAUUUGUACACAUGCAUAGAGGUUUUUUGCCUUUUGAUGAAUUCUUCUGUAAUCUUUGUUUUUUUAUUUCUGGCUUUCUGUGAUAAAUAUUUGCUGUUAGAGGAAGCCAUGAUAACAUUCAGGACCGUUCUGCUGAGACAUUCCAUAAAGAUCAUCUAGCCGGUUCUUCAGAUAAAAUGAAUCUUUUGAUAAGGUGUUUCAGCAGUCUCCUAAAACUCUUCUGAGGAAUGGAAUAGUGGAGCACAGAUUAACAGUAGGUGCUAGUUUCAAAGCAGUGACAGCUAUAUGUAAAUCCCUUUGGAACUCACAAGAUGUAUGAUGGUCUUACCCCGCUCUGCAAAAGAUGUGUCAAAUGCAAAUCUAAAUAUCCUUUUAGGCAUUUUAUUUAGGAUAGCCUCCUUGUCCUCAUGUAAAUCUUCCCUCAGCACUUACUUUUCUUCAGUCUCUCAGUUAUGAGGCCCACUUCUUCACUCAGAAAGAGGAGUCUUCAUUGAUUUUUAGAGAAGUUGGAAAGUAAUUUGUACAGCAUUAAAUGGAAUAUCUUAGCCAUGUUUGUGCAGGCUUUCUCCUGCUAGGGUUGUGAAGUUCAUUAGAAAACAUUGUAUCUAAUCUGGAAUGAGGCUACAGCUGUGUGUUUUUGUGUUUCCCUGUUCAAUGUUAUAUACAUCUUUGCCUCUAAAUAAAAGUGCUAAGAAAUUAAAACAUCUGGGAGAGGAACUAGAGAAGCAAUACAGCAGCAGUGUAACCUUAAAUGCUAUAAUGAAGCAAUUGAAAAAUUAGAAUAUGGGUGCAUUAAGGUGUGCUAGAACUAGAGAAGAGGGGAGUGGGUUUCAUUAGUUUAUUGUUCCUUUAUACUUAAAAGAUAAAACAACAUUCUCAAACAAAUAGCAUAUAAAGUAGGACAAAUAAAGACCAAUGAAAACUAUGUACCUUGCUAAGCAUCUUUUCAGCUCUGGCAAUCUCAAAUUUUGGUGCAGUGCCAUUGGCAGCAGCAUGAUGAUUGCUCAAAUGACAUCAAUGCAUUAACUACACUGGCAGAGUCUUCUCUGAAUUAGGGCUCUCACUGAUGCCAGUAGCAGUGCUACUGUUAAGGUACUAGCUGGACCAUUGGAAAUGUUUCUUUGAAUUACCUACUAUACACCCAUUUUGUGUGGAUUUGGCAAAUUCAUUAUUUCUUUCCCAGAGGAUACACAUCUUCCUUUUCCCAGCAUUGAUUAAAGGAAAAGGGAAGUUGCCAUUACUUUUUCUAUGGAAAAGCAUGAUUAGCUCCCUGUCUUGCAACAUCGGCUCACAAUAUGGACCAACACUUUUCCUGAUGUAAACACGCAGCUUUUUAGAAACAAUGUCUGCAAUCAGAAUCACCCCUCUCCUUAGGGGAAGAAGCAAAGAUAUUUUUGCCUGUUUCUCUUUUGUGAAGCCCUGAUGCUUGUCACUUUUCUUGAUGAACAAAACACUCACUGAACUAACUUCUGUAUUUUAGUAAUUUGAUAUCCUUCAAAGACUAUUUUGGGGAUGGUCAUCUUAUUUCAAAAAUCUUAGGAUAUGGAUGUAAAUAAUUAGUUUUAUGGAAGACACUUCUUCUGUAGCAACUUAGGAGCCAGUUUUACCCUUUGGUAUUUUUUCAUUGCUUGCUUACUAGUUGUGGGUCCCCCUCCAUCCCCCACAUUUUUUUUUGCAUGAACAGAAUCUGUGUAGCUGUUAGUGGCUUCCCUUCUAAAACCCAGGCACUAAACUUCCUGUAGUUUCUGAGGGCAUAUUUGUAACUACCUUUGAAAUGGUGUCUCUGGAAAGUGAUGGAAUUAUCUUAGCAUCUCUAACAAAAACUGACAUGCAAUGGAGAUCUGUUCAGCUUGCACCCUCUCUUCAACUCCCCCAUGGAGAGAUACCCAGCAAUGAGACUAUUGACAGCUGAUUGAAAAAUUUCCCCACCCUUUUCUUAUGCUGUUGACUCAUUUGUGAUUUAAGAAGAACAGCAACAACUUUUGGCAGAUACAGAGAUUGUGCACUUGAUAAAAUGGGGGGAGCUAUAUCAGCAGUUUUUCUUUUUGUCCUGCACUUGGACAACUGCUUAACUUUUAUGCUGUGCUUUUCUUAGCCACAGAAUUGGAAAUAAUGCUUAUGGAAGGGAUCUCGAGAGAGUUAAUUAAGGUCUUUUUAAGUUCUCAUCCAUCCUCAAGAAGAAGGCACUUCAAAAAUAUGGAGAAUUGUUGUUCACGCCACUAUGGAGAGAGGCAAACUUCAAGUGGUUCAGGACUUGUGCUUAGUUUGGCUGCUUAUUUGAACUAUGCUUUUGAAAGCCCUGUUAUAGCACUUCUGAUUAUUUCUAAGGGACUUGUGGGAAAACCUGUAAAAUUCCUGAAUUGUCAUAUUAAAAAAACCCCCAAACUAUGUGAAAUUUAAAAUCAAGCUGGGAAAGUAAGCAGUUUCAACAGUUACAUGGCAAAACUAUGAAAUCAGUGUGGAAGCUCAUUGGCAGCCAGGGAAAGAUAAGAUAGAAAUAGAAAGAUUGAACAGAGGAAAGCAAUUAAGAGCUCCCAGAGAGUGUUCUGGAUGAUUUGCAUCAGAGGGAGGUCAGAAGUAAUGAAUUACAAUUGUCAGUCUGAGUCACUGAUUGACUUUUUUUUUGUCCACUUUGGUAAGUGGCAUACCAGUCUGAGGGGAAUGGAAAUAAGGCUUUAGUGAGAGGUGUGAGGUAUUAAAGGGGUAAAGGGAGAGGACUGAAGAAGCCAUACUCUUCUACUCAGUGUUGUUGAAAUUAAAAGUAGAAGACAGAAGGAAGUCUGGCUAGGUGUCUCUGGGUAUAGGGACUAAAAAAUCAGUUUUAAAAUCCAUGUUUUGACAGUGCUAAAGGAGGAAUUUUAUCUUUCAGAAAGGGUAUGGCAAGGCUGGUCCCUGCGGUCUUCUCUAACAAGAGAGUGGGUAGGGCAUUGAAGUGUAGCUGUUUAUGUGAGAAUUGGGGCACCUGCCUCCAAGGAUGGGGAGAGCUCAGGAUACUGAGGUAUCCAUCUGUAGGGUUCCCAGCCUCUGCUAUCUGCAGUCCAAAAUGGAAACCAGCUCCUUGCAUGAGAUCUGCCCUGUAGAUCCUGCUAAAUGAGUUUGUCCUCUAGUGCUUCAAAUUUUCAGACUCAUGAAUGACUGAAAGGAGAAAAUGCUCAAUAUCUUACUUCAGCUGUAGCACAGAUGAAGAAGAAUUCAGCUAAAGCUUUAGCUACUGUGAUCUGAAAAGGCUUCCAAAUCUGCUCAGUAGCACAGCAGUUGAGUUUCAAAGCUCCUAAAUACAGCUGGGUGAGUAGCUGGGUAUAUAAAACUUUUAGAAUCAAGAUGCAGAGAACAAUCUUGCCAAUAGUGAUACUCCAAGGUCUUGAAAAUGGCUCCAGCUACCCAGAAAAGGUAGAUUGUGGUGCAGUGAGAGAGGAAUGAUGAAAUUUUUAGUCCAGAAUGGAGAAUGGAGAAACUUCUGAGAAGCUUCUGAUAUCUAUCCCAUCAUCGGCUGGGGAGCAAUCCCACAAAGAGAGGUUUGAUAACACUGAUGGGAGUGCAGGGAUAUGUAUUUACAACGUUGGGCACUUAGAUCAAGAGAAAUCCAUUUCUUCACAUAGAAGAAGCAACUUGGAGGGAUUUAAAUGUUACUGCUCAUUUGGAUUUUUUGUAUGAACACUUCUUGUUGAACUGUAUGUACCUGUGUAUAGGUGAGACUUAAACAGUAGAUUUCACCUUCUGUAAUAACUACACGGUCUCUUGUAUUUCUCAAUGAUCUUUUCUUUACUCUAAGUUGCUGCAUUUGAGUUUCCAGCAUAAGUCAAGGGCAAAUUUCAUUUUCAUUUCUUGUGUUUUCCACAGGGUUUUCUUUCUGUAACAAACAGGGAAGCCUAAAUACCCUCUGCUACUAAUUCCUUUUUUUUAUGUCCACUGGAAAAAUCUGGAAGAAAGAAAAAGAAAGAAAAGAAGGGAAUGAUCAAAAGCCUGAGGAAAAACAUGAAGAUGGUCACAGAAUUUUCCAUUAACUCUUAUUUUUUUGAAAGGCCACUUUUUGUCAGGGUUUUCAGUGGGAAAUUUAUUGCUAUCCUUCAGACCUUCAAAGGAAGGUAUUUGCUCAGUGUUAGACCUUCUUUACCUACAAGGAGUUGCAGUCAGACUCACCCAACGCGCAAAUAGGCUCUAGACUUAGAAACAAAAACUCCAUACAGAUGUUGUUCUUAAACUGUUCCUCACCUCGGGCAACCAAAGCAGUCUUUCAUACCACUGGAAUCAGACCAACCGUAUUUUCUUGUUGAACAUGUACAGUUAAAGUCUUGCUUUCCACAGACAGGUAAUUAAAAUUGCAUGCUUGCCAUCUCCAUCCUGCUUGGGAGAUAUGUUAAAAUUAAAUUCAACUAAAGCAGCAGCUGUUAGUGCUGCAGAAGAGGACAUGUAAAAUACAGAUAUACUUUGCAAAUGUGAGAAGAAAACUAGAAUAUGUAUCAUAGUCAGAAGUCAUUGGAGAAAACAAAAACAAGAAAUAGGAGAGUACUGUGUAGUAGUUGCUAGUGCCUCUGUACAAGAAAUUUAUGCUCCUUCACGCAGUGUUUUUGGAGUCUGGCUUGGUGUGCUUCAGUUCAGGGAAAAAUUACCAUAUUUAAUUUAACAUGUCUCUUGAAAUAUGAUAAUAAGGCCAGGUCCCUGGUUGUUUCUUAAAUUGUGGUUUGGAGUGGAGGUAGGUAGGGAUGGAUUGUAGUAGGAAUAUUUCUAGUUUUGAUCAGAAACCUUCAGCAUCCUGCACUUCUUCCAUAUAUCAUAGGUCUACUGAGUCAGCUCUUUCUCUUCUCUAUUUUUGUUUUAAAAAACAUGCCAGCUCAAGCUAUUGCUUUUAAAAAUACUACUUGUAAUCUCUUCUGUCCUUCUACUAAUUCCAUUAGCAAGGCAAAGAGCCCAAACCAUUUUGGAGAGAGGAUAGGACUAAAUUUGUAUCUGAUGUAAAUCACUAUAACAAAAAAUUUGCUUUUAAUUUAUGUUAAUUUUCACUGGUUCUGAGCAUUUUUGCUCUUUGGAGAAUCAAGGUCUUCAGUUUUGCAAAGUCAGUCUGCAAAAUGAAGCAUAAGUUUUUUGUAUCAAGAAACUAUCCAUAGAAUCGCCUCUGUUGCUGCCCAGAAAAAAAGCAAAUUGGCUUAGAUUGAUUAACUCUUAUUUCAGUGAUCACAGAAUAAACAUUAAUAAAAGUUUCUGUAUGGGAGAGCAAUGACCCCACUUCUAACAACAAAAUGGAAUAGUCUCUACAGACUUUUUAGUGUUAAAAGGACAGCAACAUGCAAAAAUUAUAGCCUUGUUCUUCCAUGCCUGUAUACUAAUGGUGCAGAUAAGUAAUAUCCCAAUCUUCUGCACUUUGGCUGUAAAAUAUGAAUGAGAAAGUUGAUGGUAGUUGAUGAGAUCUUUGGUGUUCAAUACCAACUCCAUUGUGCUGGUUCAGUACCAAAUCCAUUAUGGUAUUCAACCUCAGGGAGACCCAGUGAUUCCCAAGAGUUCUUCUUAACCCCAGGGAGAAUGACAGAGGAAACCUUAAUGUGUGCCCUGUAACUCCAUUCUCUUUUUGGCCUCCUUUCUUACACUUUUCCUAAAAAGUGACAGUUCAAUUCCUGAGCUUCUCAGUCCAAAUGAAGCUAACUGUAAAGUGUCCCCCUCUUUUUUUUUUAAGAGUUCAUUGUCUACUGAGAGCUGAAGAAUAGUGGCUUCUAAAUUAAUUUGGAGGUGUCUUGUAAAAUGCAAGCUCAGAAACACAGACCCAGUAUUAUAUUUCCUUAUGUAUGGCACUCAGCAUACACUGCAUUUCUUAUUAUCUCUUAAUACACAAUGCUGUGCUCUCUAUUCCUUGUACAAAGGAAAUUAAAUGUACUUUUUUCUUUAAAAGAUGAGAUCUUCAUCCAUCACUAGGUGUCAGUUGCUAGUAAUGUUUCCCAGAAAAAUGUUAUCUGCGAUUUAGUGGCUUUAGUGGACUAUCUUUUGUUGAACAGAGGACAGCAGAAUAAGAUUUCAGCUUAAUAUAGCUCUUUUCAUACUUCUUGCAAAUAAAGGGGUGAAAAGAGGAGAGCAAGAACAAAGAAUCUUGGGUUCUAGUCUCAACUUUCUUUUCUGUUUUGCAAUACAUGGGGCAUUUUAAGAAGGAAAAGGAAGGAAAAUGAAAGCAGAAAAAAAGGAAAUAAGGGAAAAGAAAAAUGGAAAGGAAAAAGUUUAAGGACAAAAAUAGUAAUGGAAAACAAAUUGUUCUGUCUGACUGCUCCCUCUGGAUAGAGAGGGAAGGAAAAUUUGUUUGCAUCUCAGAAAAUAUUUUUGUGCUCAAAAAAUACUGUUGUCCCAAAUCAGAAUGAAAAGUCAAAUAGAAUAUUUUGCAAGCUAGCAGUUUCAGAAAUAUUUAAGUUUGGGUGAACUGACAUGUUUGAUUUUGCUUUUCAUGUUUUUCAUUCUUAAUUCUUUUUCGUCAGGUAGCUUGACUUUGGAAUGAAAAACCACCACUAAUCUUAAAAGCACAUUUUUCACUUAGAGACUGUCAAAACAGAAUGUUUCAACAGUUUCCAGAACUUUUCCCCAAAUUUUCUCAAUAAGAGUAAUUUAUCAAAAUAGAUCCUUCUUGAUGAACAGAUUGGAAAGUGUCAAUCAAUCAACUAGAUUCAAAAAAAUUUAUUGUAAAAAAUCCUUAUCAGCUGUACCAAUCAAUUCCUUAGUCAAUUUGUGAACCUGCAUCUUUAACAUUCAUCUCAUGGUUAUUUACCCGCUUCUGUUGCUGUGUAUACAAGUACAUUGCUUUCCCCAGGAGAUGUGUGUGCAUGUAUUUAUAAGUUUCAUGCUUACAACUUACACAGGAUUUUGUUACUCAAUAAAUCAUAAGAAGAGAUCUACUCCAUUAGCUAUUGCAGCUAAUGACACUGCAACUUUUACAUCAUAAAUUGAUGAAGUUGUCUCUGAAAACAAGUCUUUUUUUCUCCCUGCAUUCACUAAUACAACAAAAUAUCUUUAUUUCUGGUUAGUUCAUCUUAAAUAUCCAAAGAACAUUCUCAUAUGCCAUAAUUUAGUAAGUAUAAACCCAACAUUUUUUUCUAGUCUAAAAAAGGUACUGUUCCUGUUUAAGUGAUAGGUUUAGGUUUUCCAUGUUUUCAAGUUACCUGCCUAGCAAGAAAUUGGCAAGCAAAGACAGAAAGACUCCAGUAUUAUUCGCGUAUAUCUGGAGUGACGAUAAUCAGUUCAGGUUUUGGUGCAUGUUUUAUCAUUAUUUGGCUAUCCACCUCCUUGCAUAUGAUUUUUUUGCCCUACAAACACCCCGAAUGAAUUGCAGAUGAUUAAAGUUAAACACAUGUUUUCAGUACAGACGUCUGAGCUUGCGUAUUUCUCACAGCAGGCCUUUUGGUUUCUGGGGUCCCUGUGCAGUCCCAAAAGUCCUUAUUGGUUGUGCUGGAAUAAUAAACAGAAAAAUCUUUUUUAAUCAUCCUGUAAGUCAAGAUGACCGAAUGCAAUUUGGACCAAAUUUUAAAAGUUCACCUUGGAGCUGAGAUGGAGGUUUUUUGGAAAGUUUAAAAGUGAAUUAUGACAGUGUUUUGCAACUUGACUUAGGGAAGUCAUUGCAGAAGAACAGCUGGGAACAUGCACAGUGUAUUUCAGUUUAGCUAAAAAGACUUAUAUUUUGUAGAUAUCCCAAAACUCCAAUCUGUCUUAAGUAGUUCUUUGGACACCGUUUUAGUAUAUCUUCCGUGACCAGCACAGAAUGUGACCUGUUUUGGUAACUGACAUGAAGUUUCUGACUAACCCCGGUUAUUCGGUUUUUGCAAGGAAAAGCUGCGUAUGGGAGCCUCUACUUCCUACAGACAGACCCAGUUGCCUCAUCAGUGAUUUUGAAGGCUAAUAGGAAGAGCAGACCUUUAUCUCUUAUCUUUCCUCUGUUGAAGAUUUCUUGUCCUUGUGAUGAUUCUUCACAACAGAAAUUAGAAAUUGUUCGUCUUUGCCUUUUGAAUCUACAUAUGGAUGUACAGUGUUAUCUGACAGGUCCAUUUUUCUAACACAUACUACACAUGCUCUUGAAAGUUUAGGUACGAUUUCCUGGGAAAGCCAGAUUUGCUAUUACUACCUCAGCCUACCCUCAAGAGCCCAACUAACUUGGCAAUAUUCUCAGCGAAAUUUCUUCUUCCCACAAGGAUAUUUUCUUCAAAUUUUUUUUUAAGCUUCUACUGCUGGCCAGCAAUAUCCACCUUAACUGCCACAUGUUCUAUACAUUCUUUUUGCAUCUCCCUUUUGAUGUAUUCCAGUAAUGCCAAAAAACCAGUGGGAGAACAGGUGUUACCUUCUGUGUUGUCUAGCCAGAGACAGAGAUACUGUGAUCCAGGAAUUCCUGCAGCAGUGGACCAAGAUAUUUCUGUGUCCUGUUCUUAUGUCCUUUGAGCAGUUUCUUAUGCUCUCGAAGGAUUUCCCAUUCUGUGCUUUCUAUGUGCCAAGAGAUGUAGCAGGAAAUCUGAUAUUUAGAAAAUAUGUGAUACCGUAAGGUCUCUUGUGUGUUCCCAUAUGACUGUUUAAGCUGUUCUUUAGAGGGUAUGGAUUAUACAUAACAGAAAAAUAUAUGUGUAUGUAUAUAUAUAUUAUAAAGAAAUUUUGUGCUGUUUCCUUUUUUGAAAUGAAGUCUGACAACUAGUGAAAGCUGCUGAACUGACAGCCCCAAAGACUGCAUUUCCCUGUCUAUGCACACACAACAGAGAGCUGUAGCAUAACCUCCUCUUGCAAUCACAGCCCUGCCAGGGUAGGGAGUUGGAGGGAGUGCUUCGAAGGAGUGGGAAUGGUUGCCAUAGCAGGAACUUUCUCUGUGCAGUGAUUGCCUGCCCAGGUUACACAGAAGAGCUAUUGUGAGGGUGGGUUUGCUAGUAUAGAAGAAGGUGGAAUUCAUUUUCCAGCAGGCAUACAUGUAGCUCUGUAGAAACCAAGUGCCUAGACAAAGGCUGCCAUCUAGGCACGUGCAGAUGGUGAUCAUUAGAAUGAUGCCCCAUUCAAAGGCAGAUGUCUACCAAGACAGGUGUUGAAUUGUGCUCCAUUGCUUAUUUCCAUCCACAGAUCUUAGAAGGUGCUAAGUUGAUGAGCUUGGAUCACUUAGCCUUUAGAAGUUUAGCAUUGAGUCAGCUGGAUCCCAGCAUAUCUCUUCGUUUAGUAUGAAGUCUGUGGAAAUCCACGCUUGGUUUUCACAGAAGUUAAGAGAAAACCUUAUGAUGAAAGUAAUGUUAAUUCCCUCCCGAUCAGUGUUUGCAAAAACAGUGAGGACCUGUGCUCCACUGCUAGUGUCCCUGGGCUUCUCUUCCCAGACCUUCUGGGACAGGAUUAUGGAAUCUGGUCAAAGUCUGAAAGUUAGAGCAUCUGUGAUAUUGCCAUGAUUUUUUUAAAUUUAUUAUCUCUUGCUUCUCUUGAAAACUGCUGAGUUUCUUGACAACUUAAAUAAAGAUGAUCUCAGUAAAUUGUUACUGCAAAGGUAAGCAAAGAUCUGACUCUGUCACACUGGUAUUUAGAUGUAAAUUGCAAUCCUAGAAUCGCGUACUGCAGAAGUAACAUAUCUAAGCCAUCUUUUUGAGGAGGGGAACCCCUAUGACAAGGGGAAGUCAUAGCAUGGAUUUGUGUGGGCAGGACUGAAUGCAGUCCUGCCUACUGGAUGAAAUAAGCUAAUGCAAUACAUCUUUCCUACCUCAAAAGUAAAGUUUUACUUAGACUUCAGCCAGAACACAUGUUGCAUGAGCAAUAAGGUCAGGGCCAGAGGCUCUAAGUCUCCUCCAAGUCAUCAGGGAGCAAGAAAAAGAUAUUUUCUGCCAUUAAAGAUAAUCUAGUUGUAGGGUGGGGAUUAACAGUGUGUCAGCAAUUUGGCCACGUGAGACUUUUCCAUUGAUGCUACUUCAGGUUUCUUGUAAGAUGCAAAACAGCAUUAUUAUUACACUAGAAAACUGGGCACAGACCUUUUGGGAUUAUGUAUUAAGUACAGCAAGUCAAAUGCCAUCUGCCGAACUUGAUAAAUUCUAAGUAUUAUUCCAAGGAGGUUUGCCCCAAGUCUCUUCUACAAAGUGCAUAGAGGCAGCUGCCAGCCGCUUUUAUCCUCAGUCUCCUUCCCAUUAUCACUUCUUGGCCUUUUGGCUAAGAUCAAGUGCAGUAUCAGUUUGCUGUCUUGACAUGUCCUCUGUCUGGGGACUGUGUCCUGCCCUGGCAGCAGGCUGGACUCAGUGACCUGCUUUUUUAACCUCUCUAACUACUGUCAUUCCUGCUUUUUAAGAGACCUGCAGCUUUUAGAAGUCAAGUCACCUUUAACAAGCCUUGCAAGUGCAGCUGAUACAUAUUGGCCUAAAUUACUUCUGUUUCAGAAGGCAAAUGGGCUUCUGGUUUCUAUAGCAGGAGAAAAUCUAAUACAGCUGGAGGUCUCAAUUCCUUUCUGUUGAAGACCAACAAAGAGAACAUUUUGUCUAUAGCAGCCAAUUCUUUCCUUUUUUAAUUGUUUUAAUGCUCAGAUGAAAUAUAAACCCCCCAAAAUUCUGGAAGAAGACAACAUGGGUAAGUCCUCUGAAAGCCUUUGCACCUGUGCCCAGGUGAGGUUUUGGGACCAGGCAUGUCAUCUCUUGCACAAGGAAACUAUUAAAAUGGUACAGUGAUAAUAUUUCCAUGUUUUUCUAGUUUUGAUAGUUGGAAGCUUCCUAAAUCCAAACCCCAGUAUCCUCAGGGAACACUGUAGUUAUCAGCCAGGCCUAAGUGCCUGAAGACCUUAGCUAGUCCAGACUUUUAUAUGUGGAUCUGUUAACUUACAAUAAACAAAAAUUUGAUGGGACAAUCAGAAUAGGAAGAGGGUUCUGAUGUCCCAGGUUAAAGUCCUUGGAUGCUUGCUUUUACUGGGAUUUUGUUAAGACAGUGCAUUUUUCCGUAUGUCACCUUCCUGAGCUAUAACCCAUUCACAUGACUGUGACAGAGAUGUUGUUAGGUCCUGUGCUCUAAUGUGGGUGGCAUGUCCCCUUCCUUCCCCAUUUGUUUCUCAUCCUGAUGCAACUGCACCAGUCUAACUUCUAAAUGAAGAGUUCCCUGCUGGCAGAUCUGGGCCAGAGCUAUGCAUCUUUUUCUAGCAAAUUGUCUCAGAGCAGUCCCUGUUUGGCUUUCUGGGAGUACACGGAGCAGUUGCAUCAGUGUAAUUACAUGAUGCAGCUUUCUUUUGCCUAAAUAAUCCCUCAGGCAUUCAUGGAACAGGAAAUCAUAUAUAUUAUGCCUGGAAGAGACCACUCAAUGAUGUAGUGGAACCUGUUGUAUAACUCAGAUAAAAGAAUUUCACACCAGUAUUUCAACAUCAAGCCCAGUAAUUACAGGGUAUCUUCCAGUCUUUGUGCUGGGGGAAAUCACUUAAAAACGCCAUGCUUGUCUCUGCAGCUAGCCUUCCUAGAGAAGCUACGUGGAGAAUGUUGUGAAUUCACCUUUCACCUAAGGAGAACUGGCAAAGUGCCCUCCAAAACCACUUUAGGGGUAACACCACCCAGCUCUACAUCCCUGGCAUAGGGAAGGAUGUAGGAGAAUAUUUCUGCAGUAAACUGCCGGCUGGCUUCUGUGGGAAGACAGCAAUGUCUGUCAGAGUCUUGGUCUUCCAACUGAUUUUAUCUUGAAGAUUUAAAAUGGUCUGGUCUAAUGACACAAGUUGUGGGAGGCCAGGCUUUGAUAACUGUCUCUUGCUGGCUAUUUUCAGGAUGUGAUUUUCUACUUCAGUUGGAUGGGGGUGGAGAGAGUGUUGCUAUGCUUUAGGGAACACUGCAAUUAGAUUCAAUCAAAACAAUUGUGAUUAAUAGUGAUGAAUUUUUUGUUACUAAAAAAGGAAAAGGUAGAAAUAAAUAAUAAAGCAUGGUUACUUUGGAUGCAA